AUGGAGAUCUUCAUGCGUGAUAUCGCCUUUGCGACGUCACAGCAAGACUUGAAGGUCGAGUUUUCUAAAGUCCUUCACAAUCCUCCAUUCCCUUCGCAACCGCCGCUGAAUUUCGAAGUCGACAUUUUCAAAAGAAAUCCUAACUGGCGAGGAAAAUGCGGCAUACUCGCUCUGCCUACGGAAGAAGCUGGCAAGAUCUUUCUGCGUACGUACGGCUCGGCUGGCAUCAUCGUCAACCAUCGGCGUAUCUACUUCAAAGUCAGCACGAAGGAAAUCAACCGGGCUCGAAUUCAGAUGCUGAAUUCCAACCCGUGGCGCGAUCCGCUGCAACUGCAGCAGGAGAAGGACAGGCGCAUUCAGGAGUCGAAGCCAUUUCCGCUUGUUCGCUAUGCAUUUGGUCGCUUCCUCCCAGAUGGUUCGUUCUCCGCCGAAAUAUUUCUUCCAGGCACUGCGUCCAUCUCUUGCCAGGGCGUUGACCGCCGGCAAGUACGAUUCGAAUUUCGACCUUCGCAGGAGCCUAUUCAUGGGGAUCUGGGGGGCCUCAUGGCAAUGCUCAACUUGGAUAAUUUAUUCGAUACAUGCGUCGCUGCGUUAUAUACGCCUUCGAAGAUCGAAGCGCUGUUCGAAAGCCGAGCAGAACAUCCUCCUGUGGUUUUUUUCAGAACUAACUCACCUCCCGUGUUCUUAGCAGAAUCCAGCUCCCCACUGUUUGGCGGCAGGCCACAGCGCUUACGGGGACUGAUGAGAGAUCAGCCCAUGCCGUCCGGGUGUCAUAGCUUGAUGCUGGUGUUUAAUCCUGGCUCAGACGCAGAGGAUUUCGUCCAUGCCUGCCGCAGUCGUCUCCACUUGGAUUACUCUCUGAAGCCUCGCAUUAGCGUUCGCGACAAUCUCUUCUCUCCCACUAUUCUGCAAGACUUGGACAAAUUCCUUUCCGAUCUACAGUUCGAGCUCGCUUUCGAGGUAGAGAAGACGAUCACGCGGUCUAUCUUGAGCGCCCUCGAGGUCCUCGCGAUGGAGCGCGAGAUCGCCGACCUUCAGCGAGAGUACGGUCGUCAGGCUUCGCAGAUAUUCCAGGCGUUUGCAUCUCUGAUUGAAGAGGGAGGUACAAGCGGCAGGAAGCGACGAAGGCAUGGCAAGUCCGUUGGGCUGCCGGAGGACUACCAGGCGGUUUUAACUUCCCUGCUUCACCAAGCCAUCCAGCAUUUUGUCGAGGAGCAGCAAAGGCCUCGUCCCGUUUUGUCCUUGGUGCUAGUAGAGGCUACAGCGGCUGCUGCUGUAUACCUUUGCUAUCACCUUAUAUUGACGCCGACCAGGUACAUUCUGGAGGGGCCUCUUCCCGACCAAUCCAACAGUGUGCUCCGCCGCUUUGGGCAUCACGAGUCUUUUCUGCGGGUCUCAUUUCAAGAUGAGAAUCAGACGAAACUGCGUCGUGAUACCGAGUUCUCCAUCGCUGAGCUGCUCAGGAUACGGUAUCGUCCGAUUCUGCUUCAGACUGGGUGCCGUGUUGCUGGGCGUCCGUACGAGCUGCUCGGACACUCCAUGAGUGGGUUGCGCGAGCAUUCCGUGUGGUUUGUCUCCCCCUUUGUGGACAGAAACGGGCAACUGCAGAAUGCCGAAAGUAUUCGGAAUAGCUUGGGAGACUUCUCUCGUAAACAGGGACAACCCUCUCUUCUCUUGCAUCAGCCUGCACGCCUAAGUGCACGAUGGGCUCAGGCUUUCUCCGCCACGGAUCCGUCUGUUACUCUUCGGCCCGAUGAAAUAGAUCUAGAAUUCCCUGAUAAAAUAUCAGAAACUGGUCAACUUAUGACAGAUGGGUGUAGUCCUAUAUCUGUUGACCUAGCUGGUCUCAUCUGGAGGUCUAUGCAGAAAGGCAAGAGGAGACCGGCCAAGUUGCAGGAUGUCCCAUCUGCCUUUCAGUUUCGUCUUGGUGGAGCCAAAGGCGUUGUCGUACAGGACCCAUCUAUUCCUGGAAGACACCUCCGCCUUCGGCCAUCCCAGAUCAAGUUUGAUGCCCCGAAUAACCUCACGUUUGAUGUUCAAUCGACGUCUUUACGGCCGAAGGCCAUGUUCCUCAAUCGACCACUCAUCGUUCUGAUGGAGUACUGUCAGGUGGAUUCCGAGCGUAUAAUUCAGCUGCAGGACGAUGCUAUCCACAGAGCGCAGUCGGUUCGUUCAUCAUUCAACGAUGCCUCGAAGGUCCUCCAACAACAUGGAUUAGGCGCGUCAUUCCAUUUGCCAUCCCUCUUUCGUAAUGUGUCGUCCAUUUUGCGCCUUGGUAUGGACGGCAUAGAGGAGAGAGAUCGUCGCUGGGAUAACGAGCUUGUUGAGAGCGCCUUGCAUUGUGCGGAGACACACAUUCUCCGCGAACUCAAAUAUCGGGCGCACAUAGAAGUCCCAGGAUCUUAUACCCUGCUUGGGGUGUCAGAUGAAUGGGGUUGCUUGAGGGAAGGAGAGAUAUAUGCGACAGUCCGUGACCCAAAGACUGGGAAGCUGUCGCCGAUAACUGGAUCGGUUGCCAUCACGCGCAGUCCCCAAAUUCACCCUGGUGACCUCCAAGUUGUCGAAGCAGUCAUUCGCCCGGAAUUGAAACACCUGACAAAUGUAGUUGUGUUUUCAUGCGAGGGCCAGCGAUCGCUCGCGUCGUGUCUUGGUGGUGGGGAUCUGGAUGGGGAUGACUUUAAUAUCAUCCUCGACCCGAAGCUCAUCCCGCGAACGGUGAAACGUCCUGGAGCAUAUGAAGGUCUUCCCAUCAAAACAACCGCCCAUGAAUGUGGAAUUGCCGAUGUGGUUGACUUUAUUUUUGACUACAUCGAAUCCGAUCUUGUGGGUUAUAUCGCCAUCUCCCAUCUGAGAUUCUCGGAUCUCAAAGAUCCAAGCUGCGACGAGUGUCUGCAACUCGCCAAGUUUGCCUCGCACGCUGUUGAUUUCCCAAAGACAGGCACUCCGGUCAAUUUUACCUCCCUCCCGAGAUUUGCGAAGGACCAGCCCAAGCCUGACUUCCUCGCGAGAGAAGGCAAUGACCUACAGAGCGAUCGAUAUUAUACAAGCAACAAGCUGCUUGGCAUUCUCUUCCGUCGUGUUCCCGUGAAAAAAUGGUAUCCAAAGCUGUGGAACGAGAACUACUCUCCGUCUGGUGGCACGGUGGUUGAGACCGCGCUUUCUAGCAUUCAUCUCCACAGUCUCGGACUUCCUGCCCCCAACGAGCCAUCUGAGGAGCUCCUCGAAGAGAUGCGCCACCUGCUUGAUGCCUACUGUGACCAACUGUUCGCCAUCGCAAAAGUGCAUACUAUCACCAAGAACAAGGAUGCUUACGUUUCGGAGGCGGAGCUGAUGAGCGGAACGAUCAUGGCAAACUGGUCAGACCAUCGUCGGCGGAGGGACGCGGUUUCCGCCAUGAACCUGCAGACGAGUGGGCUUGUCCGAGCAGUCAGGGCGGAGUUCCGACCAAGCGAGCUGGCUGCUGCCAACGAGGAAGAUUAUGAGGAGGAAGAUUAUGAAGAUUGGACCUUCCGAGAAGUGUUCGACGAGGAGGAGACUCUGAUGAUGUCGGAGACCUUCAAGCGCGCUUGGGCGGCGUGGUACGUGGCCGAAGACGCUCUGGCCGAAUAUCCAGAUGCUUUCGGCCCUCAGAGUUUUGGACUGAUCGCGUUGGGUAGGAUGCUUGAGAUAGUGAAAGAGUCAUUGUCUAUGUAG